CCGCCUCAGCCAGCCAAUCAGAGCGAGGUGCGCCGCAGCUUAUAAACCCAUCUGCUGCCGAGUCUUUGCCCUCACCGUCCCCGCCGUCCUAUCAUUCAUUGACCCGAGCUGCAUCACUUGAUUUACCGCAACCGUGAAGAUGGCGGCCCGGACCAUGCAAGCGGCACGAUGCCCGACAGAUGAGCUGUCGCUGACUAACUGUGCCGUGGUGAGCGAGAAGGAUCUGCAGUCAGGACAACAUGUGACUGUGAAGACCACACCCAACCACAAGUUUGCGUUUACAGUCAAGACCCACCACACUGUGGCUCCUGGAACCAUCGCCUUCAGCCUGCCUCAGAGGAAAUGGGCCGGUCUCUCCAUUGGCCAGGAGGUGGAAGUGGCCAACUACAACUUCGACAAGUCCAAGCAGUGCAUUGGCGCCAUGACAAUCGAAAUCGACUUCCUGCAGAAGAAGAGCACCGACUCCUCUCCCUACGACUCGGACAAGAUGGCGGCCGAGUUCAUCCAGCAGUUCAACAACCAGGCCUUCUCUGUCACCCAGCAGCUAGUGUUUAGUUUCUGCGACAAGCUGUUUGGUUUGGUGGUGAAGGACAUCGAGGCCAUGGACGCCAGCAUCCUCAAAGGAGAACCAGCCUCCGGAAAGAAACAAAAGAUCGACGUCGGCCUGAUGGUGGGCAACAGCCAGGUGAUUUUUGAGAAGGCUGAGAAUUCUUCCCUCACACUUGUCGGUAAAGCAAAGACCAAGGAGGCACGACAGACAAUCAUCAACCCAGACUGGAACUUUGAGAAGAUGGGAAUCGGAGGUCUGGACAAGGAGUUCUCUGACAUUUUCCGCAGAGCUUUUGCUUCCCGAGUUUUCCCUCCUGACAUUGUGGAGCAGAUGGGUUGUAAGCACGUGAAGGGCAUCUUGCUGUUUGGACCACCAGGAUGUGGUAAAACUCUGAUGGCCAGGCAGAUCGGUAAGAUGCUCAACGCCCGCGAGCCCAAGAUCGUCAACGGCCCCGAGAUCCUCAACAAGUACGUAGGAGAAUCUGAGGCCAACAUCCGCAAACUGUUCGCCGAGGCAGAGGAGGAGCAGAAGAGGCUGGGAGCCAACAGCGGCCUCCACAUCAUCAUCUUUGAUGAGUUGGAUGCCAUCUGCAAGCAGAGAGGAACGGGCGCCAGCAGCACGGGCGUGCACGACACCGUGGUCAACCAGCUUCUGUCCAAGAUCGACGGCGUGGAGCAACUUAACAACAUCCUGGUCAUUGGUAUGACCAACAGGCCUGACCUGAUCGAUGACGCCCUGAUGAGGCCCGGCAGGUUUGAAGUGAAGAUGGAAAUCGGUCUGCCUGAUGAGAAGGGCCGUGUCCAGAUCCUGACCAUCCACACCAACAAGAUGAGAGGCUUCAACCUGCUCGCCGUCGAUGUCGACAUCAAAGAGCUGGCAUCGGAGACGAAGAACUACAGUGGUGCCGAGCUGGAGGGUCUGGUCAGGGCGGCCCAGUCCACCGCCAUGAACCGACACAUUAAGGCUACAUCUACAGUGGAGGUGGACAUGGAGAAGGCAGAGAAGCUGCAGGUCACCAGAGCUGACUUCAUGGGAUCCCUCAACAACGACAUAAAACCAGCGUUUGGUACAAACCAGGAGGAUUAUUCCAGCUACAUCAUGAACGGCAUCAUCAAAUGGGGCGACCCGGUCACUCACGUUCUGGAUGAUGGAGAGCUGCUGGUGCAGCAGACCAAGAACAGUGAUCGCACACCGCUGGUGGCCGUGUUGUUGGAGGGUCCACCCCACAGUGGAAAGACAGCCCUGGCAGCUAAGAUUGCAGAGGACUCGCAGUUCCCCUUCAUCAAGAUCUGUUCUCCAGACAAGAUGAUUGGACACUCAGAGAUCUCCAAGUGCCAGGCAAUCAAAAAGGUCUUUGAUGAUGCUUAUAAGUCUCAGCUCAGCUGUGUGGUUGUGGAUGACAUCGAGCGUCUGCUGGACUACGUCCCCAUCGGCCCUCGUUUCUCCAACCUGGUCCUCCAGGCUCUGCUGGUGCUGCUGAAGAAAGCUCCACCCAAGGGCCGGAAGCUGCUCAUCAUCGGCACCACCAGCAGGAAGGACGUCCUGCAGGAGAUGGAGAUGCUGGACGCCUUCAGCACCACCAUCCACAUUCCCAACAUCUCCACUGGGGAGCAGCUGGUCGACGCCUUAGAGCUGCUGGGGAGCUUCACGGACAAAGAGCGAGCCAGCAUCGCACAGCAGCUCAAAGGGAAGCGAGUCUGGAUCGGCAUCAAGAAGCUGCUCGUGCUCAUCGAGAUGUCGCUGCAGAUGGACCAGGAUUACAGAGUGACCAAGUUCCUGUCUCUGCUCAGAGACGAGGGGGCGUUGAAUGAAGGCGAUCAAAUCCGAAUUUAAGCAGCCGGUUGCUCUUGCUGUGUACUGUGAUCGCAGUUUCUACGAGUAGAAGCAGCUGGAGGACUGAAGCAAACAUCUCGCCAUCUACAAGCCACCUUCCAGACAAAACGAGGAAGUGGAGGAGGUGAAGAAGAAGAAGAAAUCUUCCUCCUGUCUAUUCAUCCAUCUGUCUAUCUAUCGAAGUACAAACCUGGUCCAAGAGAGGAGCAAGAAGUCCUCUUGAUCUCAGCAUGUUUCCAUCAGCAAUAUCCCUGAAUAACCUCCCAGCUGCUCCUCAUCACCACAUAUUACACCUACCGACAUAUCACAGGAAGUCGUACUGUUAAAAAUCUGUUAUCUGUAAAGAAACUGCAAUAGAUGAUUGUAAAAAGUGCUGUUUUUGUGCAUUGUGCGUAAAAAUAACCAAAAAAAAUCGAAGCCAUGUGUGUGUUUAGCUCUAUUCUAUUUGUUGUGUUUGUUGCAUACCUCUCGUCCUGCUAAAGGUAGUUAGUGUUAGUACGGUGUGUAUCCUCACAAGCAGCAGAAACACAUGCAAAAAGUGACAAAAAUGCCGAAGCGAUUUGAAUAUUAAAUCCAUACGAGGCUUUUAGUGAAUAUGUAGUGGCUGUAAGAAAAAAAGAAGAAGAAGCUGUUCCAUGUGUAAAUGUAAUCCCUUUAAAUCUACAGUAUGUUUUGUUCUGUAAAUAGUAUAUAUAGACACAAAGGCAGUAUAUCAUGAGAAUAAUAAUUCUAUUUCGUACUAUAUCAGUAUAUGAUUCUUCCCUGUGGCUAUGGACAUGUUGACUUUACCGGGUUAGUGUAAUAGUGGAAGUAAAUGUUGGAUUGUUGGCCAGUCUGUGUUGCGUACAGUACAGUUCGGUCUAGCUAGUGUUGCCAUGGCAUCAUCAGUGUUACACAUAAUAAAAAAAGAAAAUUAUACAUAUAUAUUCUGCACUUUUAACAUCAACUCUACAGAACUUUUAGUACUUGUGUCUCGGCGGAUCUUCUUUGGGGGGCUCCAGCUCGUGUCGGUUCGUGUGCAUGUGUGGGAACCAGAUGCUGCAUGUGUCCGGAACGUUUGACUCUUCUGGUGGAAGGACGUGAUGUUGUUGUCGAAUGGGAGCAUGCGAGUGUGUGUGUGUGUGUGUGUGUGAGUGUGUGUGUGUGUGUGUGUGUGUGUGUGUGUGUGUGUGUGUGUGUGUGUGUGUGUGUGAGUGUGUGUGAGAAUCAGAUUUAGACAGCAGGUGGUUAUUUUUUGUGGAGUUUUUUCUCAUGUCAUGUGUUCAGUGCUUCAGAAGUUCUUGUUUUGUUCCGAUCAUUGACGAUGUGUGUAUGUAUGUGUGUGUGAGUGUGUGUGUGGGUGUGUAAAUAUAUAUAUCAACAUGCAGAUGUAUUAUUGCAAUAAAAAAAAAGCACAUAUGCACAGGAAAAAAGGAACUCA